GUCCCAGCGCAGUGCCGCCCGACUUUUGCCCAACUUGAUCUCCGACAAGGUCCACCUAGCUUCUUAUUCAUUUGAUUGGAGUCAUAUGCGCGGCACAGUCAGUUAAAAUGACGCCGCAGUGGCACUGGCCUUUCUGCAUGAGGCUUACGAUAUGAGGCUCUUGCUGUGGGCCCAGGCCCGCCUUGUUGAUGCUGCCUAUUGUUUCCGCUAUGCAACAUGCGCGCGGACCUACAAGGCUACCGGCAUAUAAAGGCCUAAGAAAUGUAUAUAAUAAGCGAUGAAGACGGCUGCUCAUCUUCCUCUUCAUUGACUUCUGACCGUCAUCGUCAUCGCGUCCACGGCUAUGCCGAACAUGGCGUCGUAUUUGGACCACAAUAUCAGCAAUAAUAGCAGAAAUGCUACCACCAUCGACACGGCUGUCCUGGACGCCUUUAUACCGGGCUAUUCUGUCCUCUCUCGGUUUCUGGUAUCAUACCUCCAGAUCGAUCUAUCGUACUACCUGCCCUUCCUUGUGAUGGCGGCUGCAGCGACCGCUUCCCUGCGCUACAGCAUUAAGAGAAUUAUUCGUCUGCUGGGGGAACACUUCACCUCGACGGCGGAGAUCCGUCUCGACGACGAAAUUUAUAACUAUCUUAUGUUCUGGAUGGCGCAGCAGCCGUUCACGAAGCGGACGACGCAUUUCGUUGCGGGGACGAAGAUAAGCAGUGGGAUGCGGUACUGGGAUUCGGAUAACGGCGAGGGUUCAGACGACGAGGACAUGUGCGAGGACGACGAUGACACCGGUAACGACAACAGCGACAUGCUGGCCAACUUUGAUCGGUACUGGCAAAAGGUCAUCAGCAAGGACAAGUACCGCACGCUGCGGUUCACGCCCGCCGAAGGCACACAUUACUUCUGGUACAAGGCGCGCCCGCUGGCGUUCAUCCGGGAGCGGGAGGAGAACAACGGCGGCGUGAGUCUGCGGUGGGUGCCGGAGCGGCUGUACCUGUCGUGUCUGGGACGGGACCCGAGCAUCCUCAAGGAGCUGCUGGCCGAUGCGCAGCGGGCGUAUGUGGCGCGCGAUGGCAACCGGACGAUCAUCUACCGCGGGCAGAAGAGCGGGGUGGACGACUUCGACUGGGUGCGGUGUAUGGCGCGGCCACCGCGGCCGCUGUCGACGGUUGUGCUGGACGAGGCGCAGAAGCAGGCGUUUAUCGAUGAUAUCAAGGAGUAUCUGCAUCCGAGGACAAGGCGGUGGUAUUCGAAUCGCGGCAUCCCGUACCGCCGGGGUACCUGCUGCACGGCCCGCCGGGCACGGGCAAGACGAGUCUGUGUUUUGCGGCGAGACGUUGACAGCGCCGGGAUUACGCAGAAGCGCGCGAAAGACGAUUCCGCGGCGUCGGCCGUCCUCGUGGAAAAGGAUAAGUCCAGCGCCGAGGAGAAGGAGCCCGAAACAAAGACGAACAAGGGGGUUUCGCUCUCGGGCCUGCUCAAUGUCAUCGACGGAGUCGCCGCCAGCGAGGGCCGGAUCCUCAUCAUGACCACCAACCAUGCGGAGAAGCUGGAUCCGGCUCUUCUCCGACCAGGACGCGUCGAUAUGACUAUUGCUUUCGGAUACGCUGAUCGCAAUGCCAUGCGUGAGCUCUUCUCGGCCAUCUACAGCAUGCUCGAGGGUGAUGCGCGGACAUCCCAGAUGAAGUCAGUUAGAAAGGCUUCUGGACAACGGGAGAAGAAACAUGCCAAAGCUACAGCCACCCAGUGGAAACGGCAGCGCUUGUCAAAAGAAAAGAUCGCUGAACUGGCAUCUGAGUUUGCAUCACGCAUUCCAGAGGGUGAGUUCACCGCUGCGGAGAUCCAGGGUCAUCUACUCAACUAUAAGAAUGAGCCGGAGGCUGCUAUCAACGCGGUCGAGGAGUGGGUGAGAAGUGUUCGAGCCAAACGGAAGGAAAAGGAACAGUCUAAAUGAUAUAGACCAGUGAUACCCACCACAUUAUGUGCCAUGAAAUGAUACGUUAAACAGAUUGAAGCAUCAUCAUGCAAUCUGUGAAAGUCCACCCAACUGACACACACUUGCUAAAAUCAAGAAAGUUGGCUAGUCAAAUGCACUCCAAGAAUGAGAUCCUAAGAUUCAUAUCAAGGAGAUCAUCAUAUAAAGGUGUUAGAAAAUAUGUAAU